GCUUUACGGCUGAAGCAGAUGGCGACACUGGUGCGUCGGAAAGUGGGCCGCACGCUGUUUGACCCGACCCGUAUUUUGCCCAUAUUGCAAAAUCCAAAACACUGUUGGAAAUGGUGACAUACGCAGGUGAUUCACAGCCACACAGAAAGAAAAAAAAAGAUUAAUUACUUCACCACACAUAUAUUAACCCACAAUUAAGACACCACUAAUCACUGCUAAAACAAACACAAAGACUGGAUUUUUACUGUAAAAACAAGAGAUUUGGGGAUAAUCCCACACAAUACGGAGGUAGCUGCAGAGACCUUUGUAGACAAAAGCAAGUUCAAUCAUGCUAAAAAUCCAGCUUUUACCAUUCUCAAUCACACCACUGAACCCACUUCGAUUCCACAGUUCUUCAACAAUCCCUAAUCAAGAAAAUCCAUCCUCCAUCGUUAAAUGGAUUUACAGGGCAAACAAGCCGAUCUGUCGUCGUCCACCGCCGCCAGCAACAUGAGGACCAACAGCACAACCAUGGCUCAGUACAGCGCCGACGCGCGCCUCAUGGCCGAGUUCGAGAAGUCCGGCGCCUCCGGUAAGCUUUUUAACUACUCUAAAUCGGUUUCCUACGCGCCGCAGUCUGCGAGUACCCAAGAACAAAUGACGGCUUAUUUGUCGAGAAUCCAAAGGGGCGGCCUCGUUCAGCCCUUUGGUUGUAUGCUCGCAAUUGGCGAGCCCAAUUUCAAUAUCAUAGGUUAUAGCGAAAAUUGCUUCGAUAUGUUGGGUUUGAAGGAUCUUCUUCAUUCGAAACAGUCGAUAAUGGGUCUAAUGGGGGUUGAUUCUCGCACCCUUUUCACCCCUUCUUCCAGCACUUCCUUAAUGAAAGCGGUUGGUUCGAGUGAAAUAUCGUUCAUGAACCCGAUUUGGGUUCAUUCGAGUACGAACAAUCGGGCGUUUAAUGCUAUACUACACAGAAUCGAUGUGGGUAUCGUGAUUGAUUUGGAGCCAUCUCAUUCGGGUGAUCCUGCAAUGAUGCAUGCCGGUGUUGUACAGUCGCAGAAGCUAGCCGUAAGGGCGAUUUCGAGAUUACAGUCGCUUCCCGGGGGCGAUAUAGGCGCUCUGUGUGAUACUGUUGUGGAAGAUAUUCAGAAGCUCACAGGGUACGAUAGGGUUAUGGUGUAUAAAUUCCACGAAGAUAAUCACGGUGAGGUUUUGUCGGAGAUCAGAAGGUCCGAUUUGGAACCCUAUCUCGGAUUGCACUACCCCGCCACAGAUAUCCCACAAGCGGCGAGAUUCUUGUUCAAACAGAACCGUGUUAGGAUGAUCUGCGAUUGCAAUGCUACUCCGGUUAAGAUAGUCCAAAGCGAAGAACUCAAGCAGCCGCUUUGUUUGGUUAACUCGACCCUUCGGUCACCCCACGGAUGUCACAGCCAGUACAUGGCGAAUAUGGGGUCGAUUUCGUCGUUAGUGAUGUCUGUCGUGGUCAACAACGGUGACUCGAUGAAGCUGUGGGGAUUGGUUGUUUGCCACCACACUUCACCGCGGUAUGUACCUUUCCCUCUUCGGUACGCGUGCGAGUUCUUGAUGCAGGCAUUCGGUCUUCAGCUUUACAUGGAGCUCCAGUUAGCAUCGCAAUUAGCGGAAAAAAAGAUUCUUCGAAUGCAAACUUUGUUAUGCGAUAUGCUUUUAAGAGAUGCUCCAUUUGGGAUUGUGACACAGUCGCCGAGUAUAAUGGAUCUUGUCAAGUGUGAUGGUGCUGCAUUGUACUACAACGGUAAAUGCUGGUUGCUCGGUGUGACUCCGACUAAACCCCAAUUAGAAAAUAUUGCAGAGUGGCUUCUGAAGGUCCACGGUGAUUCCACGGGGCUGAGCACAGAGUGUCUUUCCGACGCUGGCUAUCCAGGAGCGGCUCUUUUAGGCGAUGCAGUUUGUGGUAUGGCUACUGCAAGAAUCAGUCCAUCCGAUUUCUUAUUCUGGUUUAGGUCACACACUGCAAAGGAGAUUAAAUGGGGUGGGGCAAAGCAUCACUCGGAAGAUAAAGAUGACGGUGGAAAAAUGAAUCCGAGAUCUUCGUUUAACGCGUUUCUUGAAGUGGUUAAGAGCCGGAGUUUGCCGUGGGAGGUUUCGGAUAUUAACGCGAUCCACUCUUUGCAAAUUAUGAUGAGGGAUUCGUUUCACGAGGUUCAAGAAAAUGGUCCUAAUAAAAUCGAGAUGCACUCAAGAGAUGGUCAAGAACUGGACGAACUUACGUCGGUGGCAGUUGAAAUGGUUCGGUUGAUUGAAACCGCUACUGCCCCGAUUUUUGGGGUCGAUUCUUCGGGGUGGAUUAAUGGCUGGAAUGCUAAAAUGUGUGAGUUGACUGGGUUGGAAUUGGAUGAAGCUUUGGGGAAGUCUUUGAUUAACGAUGUUGUUCAUAUUGACUCGCGUGAAGUUGUCAAUACACUAUUCAACAGAGCUCUACAAGGUGAAGAGGACAAAAAUGUCGAAGUAAAGCUGCUGAAAUUCGGUGUACACGCACCAAACUCGGUUGUACACCUUCUAGCUAAUGCAUGCACAAGUAGGGACCACCAAAACGACGUAGUGGGAGUAUGUUUCGUUGGGCAAGAUAUCACCGCUGAAAAAACCGUGAUGGAUAAAUUUAUCCGCUUGCAAGGGGAUUAUAAAGCUAUCAUCCAAAGUGUCAACCCAUUAAUCCCACCUAUAUUCGCUUCCGACGAAAACGCGUGUUGUUCCGAAUGGAAUGCCGUUAUGGAAAAUUUAACCGGCUGGACGAAAAACGAGGUAAUCGGGAAAAUGCUGCCAGGUGAAAUUUUCGGAAGCUUCUGUAAACUGAAAGGUGAAGAUGUAAGGACUAAGUUUAUGAUUCUCUUGUACCGAGCUAUUGGAGGACACGAUACAGAGAAGCUUCCGUUUGGAUUCUUUAAUCGAAAGGGAGAGUUUGUCGAGGUGUAUUUGACUGCAACUAAGAGACAAAACGAGAGUGGGAAUGUGAUAGGGUGUUUGUGCUUUUUGCAGACAGUUGUUAUUAAUGAAAAGGAGACGAAGAACAAAAACCCGCUUUCGAAACUUAAAGAAUUGGCCUACAUUAGGCAGGAGAUGAGGAACCCGAUAAACGGGAUCCGUUUUACGCACCAACUCAUGGAAGAUUCCGCAGUUUCCGAUUUUCAGAAGCAGUUUCUUGAAACUAGUGAUGCAUGCGAAAGACAGAUACUUUCCAUUAUCGACGACACCGAUUUCGGAAAUUUAGAAAACGGGAGAAUGGAGCUGAAAGAGGAGGAGUUUAUGUUGGCUAAUGUCGUGAAUGCUAUUGUUAGUCAAGCUAUGAUUUUGUUGAAAGAGAAGAGUUUGCGUUUAAUACACGAUAUACCCGAGCAAAUCAAGACUUUAAGUGUAUACGGCGAUCAAAUUAAGCUUCAAUUAGCAUUGUCUGAUUUCUUGCUUAGUGUAGUUGACUACGCUCGUUCGCCAGCUGGCUGGGUGGAAAUUAAGGUCUCCGUUGGAUUGAAUUUGAUACAAGACGGAAACGAGUUUGUUCGUCUCCAAUUCAGAAUGACUCACCCUGGACAGGGUCUUCCGGAAGCUCUAAUCGAAGACAUGUCUCGUGUGAAUAAUCACUGGACAACACAAGAAGGGCUUGCUUUGAAUAUUUCUCGAAAUAUUCUAAGUAUGAUGAAUGGUAAUGUUCGAUAUAUUAGAGAACAAAACAAGUGUUACUUCCUCGUCGAUGUUGAGCUAAAAUCACGAAAAUCGAGAUAACAUUGUUGUACACUAUUUUAGUUGGUUGAGUUAGAGUACUCUGUUUCGGGAAGUUAUUUGAUUUCUAAUAAUAUUACAAUCUGAUAGCGUGUCAGUGUGUAAUUGUGAAUAUAAUGUAUUCAUGUAAAUUUUGAUGAUGUUAAUUAUUUUCCUUGAAAUUUAUGAGGGAAUUUUUGUUUCAA